AUGGAAAACAGGAUCUCCGAACUGAACGGAAUGGAGUUCAAGUCGCUAAACACCUUCAGGAUGCUCAGCAGCGGGUUCAGUUGCUCCUUGUCAAACCGCAAACUCUGGUUACCCAGCAUCGAAGCCUGCAGAAGGUCUGCUGUUCUCUGGGUCAACACCUUGACAUUGACUCCCAGAACAGGCAGUUUGGUUGGCUCGCAAAUUCUCUGGAACUUGAUUUCGUCCACAGAGCUCACCAUAGAACUUUUAGAUGCAGACUCCUCGGCCUGUUUUCUUAGCUCUUUCACUUUGUCCCGGUACGAUUGUGGAUACACCAGCAAUGUGAGCGGGGUGGUCACAAACGUUGCAACCAGAGCCAUCACAAUGAACAUGGAGUACGUUUUCUGGGACAGAAUACCCGCAUUGAGUCCAGUGUUUAAAACAACAAUCUCAACAAUACCUUUACAGGACAUGAGAACCCCAACAGCCAAGCUCUCGCGCUUGUACAGUCCAAACACCUUGGAAGCAACGAAUCCUCCAAAGACUUUGCCAACCAGUGCAACCACAACGAUGCAGACGAUAUAG